UCGCAAGGGUUUCCAAUUUUCUCGUUUUGAUUCCACCCGAACAGCGCCUUCAGCUGAACCUUUCAGAAGUUUGGAUUCUCUCUCUUCCAAAGAAAACCCUAAAUCUGGUUUCAACAAUGGCUACGACUUCGAAUGUCCAUGACGACUCAGGUAGUGCAAAUGGAAAAGAGGUAACAAUGAACAAGUCUGGGAAAGAAGAUGCUAUGACUUUGAAUUCAGAGCUCCAAUGUGAAAAUACUGAGGAGAAAUCACGGGUGGAAGCGAUGUGGGAGCAAAUGAAUAAGGGAAUACCUAAGAAUGCUCUGAGACAAUUUUCGGCCAAUAGAACUUCUGCCACAAAUAAAGCUUCACAAAAACCUUCAAACAAUUGGAUGAACUAUCUGCAAAUGAAACCGGCAUCGCCUGCGGGGUAUCAAGAAAGAAAUACAGAGGCGAAGGCUUCGAGUGAGACCAAAGAAACUGAUGCCAAAAAUAAGGACAAAGCACUGAAGGAAACUACUGCAGUCCAGAACAACGUUGGUGAUGAGGCAAAGAAGAUUGCAGCCGCUGCCCUCUCAGCAGUGAAAGACGCAGCUGCCGCUGCAGCAGCUGCCUCAAAUAGAGGGAAAAUUGAGAUAACCGAGGUUCGAGACUUUGCUGGUCAAGAUAUUGAAAUAAAAAAGCGAAUCAAUGCCGAUUCAAAAGAGGCGGCUGAAAAGUCAAAAGCUACACCUUCUGCAGUUGAUGCCAUUCUUGAACAAAUCAAGAAGAAGCAAAAGCUCAGUGUGCUUGACAAGACGAAAAAGGAUUGGGGAGAAUUCAAGGAAGAAAAUAAGGGGAUGGAGGAGGAAUUGGAUGCAUAUAAGAAGAGUUCAAACCAGUAUUUGGAUAAGGUUUCUUUCUUGCAGCGGACUGAUUAUCGGGAAUUUGAGAGGGAGAGAGAUGCAAGGCUUGCUCUACAGGCUAGGAGGAGACCGGAAAUGCGGGAGGACCCUUGAAUGCGUACAUCCUUAAGUUGCUUUUUCUUGGACCAUCAUGCUGAAAACUACUGUUGGAAAGACUCAGAGUUGUUGAGAACUG